CCGAUCACGGUCCCGCAGCAUGAGCCGUGAACGCGACCGUGACCGUCGCAGCCGCAGUGGAUCCCGCGAUCGCCGCUAGGGCACGGGAAGUACGAUGAGGACGACUUUCCGCCAGACUACUUGAAGUAAUUAUAUUUGAGUAACAUCUUUUUAAACACACGCUAUACAUGUAAAACAGUGACGAAGAAGAUGAAAUAAAGUUCAAAUCUCAACAAAAAUUGAAAAAAAAAAAAAUGUAAUUUCACACAGUAGACCAGUUAGAUCAAUUUUUUGUUCGAAUGGAAGUUUUCUCGGAUUCAGGCAAGGAGUCGUUCAUCUUUUAUUUGUAGAAUUAUAUCGAUAGAGAUAGACAAAACCACAUUUAGUAGUUUAUAAGGCCGAAAUACAUUUAAAGAAAUAUUGUAUGUAUGUAGAAGUCACACACACGUUUCUACUUUCAAGUUCAGUGUCAGUAGUAGGCAGGACUCGGUCUCGUAUGGGUGCGUUAGGACUUUUAUCGGAGCAGAAGUAUGAAUUCGUAGGUAUCUCCCAGAAGUUCGACACAAGAGAAAAGGAGUCUUAGGAUCCUUUGGAUUACGGAAAUGUAAAUGUAUUUUUAGUUUUUUCAAGUUACAUAUAAAUAAAGUGAGAUAAAAUAAAUUGUACAAGUUGAA